AUGGAUCAUUCUAAGCUCCACGUUGUCUAUGUAAACCGCCGCUUUGGCGCGGACAGAAGAGUUACCGCCCCUUCGAAGCAGGCACAGGAUGCCAACCACAUCUCGUCCGAGCUACAAUGGGAAUCGGAAGACUUGCGACAAGAUGUCGAGGUCCUGCUUGAGUCGUUUAGCGAAGUCCAUCUUUGCUCCACCGGCAGCGCAUGUCUGGCUUCCUUGUACGACAUCCAAGAAGGCUCCAUCGUGGAUUUAAGGCCUACUUUGGUUCUUAUUGAUACUCCUGACGACGAACACAUCCCCGAGGAGCCUCAGCCGAGGUCCAGAUCGCCGUCACCCAUGUCACGCCCUGAAUCCAGAGAAGUAGAGAUUCACACUCCGGAUGAGGAGGUGUACGGGCUCAGGCUGUUGCAAAGAAUCAUGACUGAGGCUCAUCUCCGCAGCCUCUCAAAGCUGGUCGUGCCAAUAUUGCUCAUCGGACAGGCGAUCGUGAACAGGGGUUCUUCCCCGCAGGACGCCGGAAGUUAUUUGGCUGGAGUUCGGCCUGUCGACCGUCGGCUCGUCAUGCGGUGCCUUGACCUCGGUGCUGCCGAUGUCAUCUUGAGGCCCAUGCACGCAAAGUGCGUCAUGAGUCUUGAGAUUCACGCCCAUCGAGUACGAAAGGAUGCUGCGAAGGAACAACGAGCCAUUCUGGAGGUUCGUCGUGGGAGGAAACGGUCGUGGGUGGGUGUGAACGAAGAGAGACCGUUUGCGUACCUUCGGGAGGCUAUGGUGUCCAGCCUUAUGAAGGGGAUAUGCCGGCUUCCAACUGACGAUGACGACAAGAUUGCCAACGUCAGCAUAGCUGUCUCUACGGAACGACAGGCCGCCAUUGCUACGGCCAUCGGGAGCUGGCAUUUUUGCGCUCAUGAUUUUUCCGACGAUGAGCUGCUGGUGGCGGCCAUGGUCAUGUUCAAGCACGCCCUCUCCAUGCCGCAGCUUGAGCGUUGGCGGAUACCCGCAGACCAACUCAUCAACUUUCUGGUCGCAUGCCGGGCUGCUUACAACAGCUUCGUGCCUUAUCACAACUUCCGUCAUGUCGUGGAUGUCCUCCAGGCUACCUUCAAUUUCCUCGUUCACAUUGGCAUCAUCUCACCCUACCCCUUGGACCUUCACUCCCAAGCACCAGCCACCUCACCUGUCGCGGAUCUAUUGAGCCCCGUUGACGGCCUGACCCUGCUCAUCACUGCUAUCGGUCACGAUGUUGGUCACCCCGGUGUCAACAACGGCUUCCUCGUCACACUCAAUGCCCCCCUGGCUCGGCUGUACAAUGACCGCUCUGUGUUGGAGUCUUUCCACUGCGCUGCCUACUCGCAAAUUCUGCGGAGGUAUUGGCCUGCCGUCUUCGAGGACUCCAAGAUGCGGAAUUUGAUGAUCAGUUCUAUUCUUGCGACCGAUAUGGGGCUGCACUUUGACUACAUGAAGAAGCUGGGUGAUCUUCAGGCAAAGCUCGAGGUCAACAGCACCACUGAUGGCUGGAAUGGGCGCAUGGUGGAGGAGCAAAAGGCAUUGGCUUGCUCACUGCUCAUCAAGUGCGCGGACAUCAGCAACGUGGCCAGGAAAUAUGAAGCUGCUCUUCAGUGGAUGUUCAUCCUUUCCGACGAAUUCUCACGACAGUCUUCCAUGGAGAAUGAGCUCGAGAUUCAGUCGUCGCUCCUGGCAACUCCCAAGAAAGACCUCGUCUCACUUGCCAAGGCUCAGCUCGGCUUUAUGAACAUGUUUGCCAUUCCUCUCUUCCAGGGUGUUGCUGACAUCAUGCCCACGAUGCAAUAUACUGUGGACGAGCUCGAACGGAACAAGGUUCUUUUUGAGGGGCGAGUGCAUGAAGAGCAGGCCAAGGAAGAUCCUGUUCGCAAGAGGCUCCUGAAGGAGGGAACCUUUUCACCGCGUACUAUGAGCUUCGUGGUUGAAUCAGACACGCAAACACCACCUACUGCCCAGGCAGGCUCACCAUUGGCCGAUAUUCCUACGCCCUCGACACUCACUGACGGGAAGAAGACGGACGAAAAAGAACUCUCACCGCCGCCUUCGAAUCCGACGAGCAAGCCAGCACACAUUCCUAACACGACAGAGGAGUACAAGGAAGUCAACGGCGGCUUUGUGUCGGAUUUUGAGUCUCAAAACAACAAGCAACGAUGUAGCGAGACAACCGACGGCAGCGCGGCCGGCCAUGUCUCGGGUGACUGGGCCUCGCAAGCGACGAGCGCGACAACCGGCAAGAUGCCACUCUCGCCGAGCACCCAGGGGACAAGCAUUGUCAGCAGAGAAUCAGCAGAACGGCGUAUGAGCAUCCCCGUCAUCGCCGAGCCGAAGGACCCAUAUGGCUCGAAGACGGAGUCGCUCCUGCACACCCAGGAAUCGAAUGGAUCCAACGGCAGCAUUGGCAAAGCCGAAGGGGCCAAGGUACUCAGGAAGAAAACCAGCCGGUUCAGGAUGAACAACUUUCCCUUUUUUAGGCGCAACAGGGGCGCAAGCCCUUCACUCUCGGCGAGCGACACAACCGGCGGGAGUCAGUAG